AUGGGCUCGGGGAGGACGCUGAAGUUCGCCCUCUGCGAGGUGCUGCAAUUUGCAGGCUUUUGCGUGCCCCUCUUCAUCGUCAUGCAGAGGUUCGCCAUCAUCGUGGCAAAGGUCAAAACUUCGGCGCAGCCCCCCGGGGACGGCAGCACGGCCUACUGGUUGAUCGUGGCCUCCUCCAUUGCCUAUGUCACCACCACCGCCCUGCUUGUGUGGGUACCCUUGAAGUAUAUGGUAUUCAUGAAAAAGAGGUUCCUCGUUGGGAGGAAGAAGUGGCGGCCUGUGGCCCUGGUGUAUGUGAUCCUCUCCACUCUUCCCUGCUUUGCCUUUCUCGUCGCAAGCUCAGAGGUUCAGAUAGAUAACAACUUGAAACAUGACACAUUCACAGAGCUCCCCGUAUCAAUAGUCCUCUUCUCUCUCAUCUGUAUUGACAUUGUGGAAAGGAUACGCCACUGCAGGCUAACGGGACAGGCAAAUGAUUUGGAGAGAGACCCUGAAAUCCCCUCCACUGUCCUCACACGUGUUGAACAGGUAACACCGCUUACACCUGUAACGCCGGCUGCACCAGGGCCAGCUGUACCAGGGCCGGCUGCACCAGGGCCAGCUGCACCAGCGCCGGCUGCACCAGCGCCAGCUGCACCAGGGCCAGCUGCACCAGGGCCAGCUGCACCAGGGCCGGCCGUGCCCAAGCAAGCUGCACCCACUCCCACUCCAGCAGCAGCAGGCCAACACAAUGAGAGGGAUCAAAAUGGCGCAGGGGCCCGACCUGAGACCAAUGGGACAGUUCUGGGGAUACCAGGUAAUCCUGGGAGACCAUUUAGUAUUGCUGGAAUGAGCUCACGCUCAGCCAGCACUACAGCAUACCGCAUAUCUCCGUAUGCCUACACGGGUCCGUUUCGUUUCCUGUGUGCCAGCGACGCCCGGGCAGACAUAUUUGUGGACAGUUUCAUGUUCUGGAUGGAUACAGUGGAGAUGGUGAGGGUGGCCGGACACCCCUCAGUCUACUUUUCGGGCUGGGUGUUUCCCAUCUAUAUCUUCAGCUACCUGUCCUGCCUACGUCUGGUGGUCAUGCCUCAUAGCGCUCUGCUCUCUUCUCUCGGAGUUGCCCUACAGGACCUGCCCUUCCUCUUUGUGCGAAUUGGCCUCAUUGCCUUCUUUGGCUUCAUCACGCCCCUCCUCUAUCUGAUGAAGAACCUGUUGGUCUGCCUGGCCUUUGUCUAUUUCAACUUCAUGACCAAGUUGAGGGUCUUCAAUACUGAGAGGAUGUUCCUCUGAGACCAAAAUGUCAAAUAAA